AUGACUGAACCCGAGAAGCCACCUCCAACCAACCUACCUUCUUCUUCAGCUCCGACGGAAUCCAAUCCCGUCGGGAAAUCCACCGCCGGGUAUUCGGGUCAAAAACCCCACUUCCCGAACCCGCCGGACGCCACCGCCGGGUAUUCGGGUCAAAAGCCCCACUUCCCGAACCCGCCUGACGCCGUGAACCCGGACCCGGCUACCCUGAGGGAACAAUGGCAAUACGCCACAAAGAAGUACAGCAGGUGGUACUCCCAAGCGUGGGGGUCCGCGAUUCUUGCCGGACUCUCCUUCUUCGCCCUCGGAUGGGUCAUCAAAGGCGGUAAUCCUCUCCCCUCCUUCAAACCCGACGACAGCAACAACAACAACAACAACAACCCUUCCUCUUCCGAGACCGCCAUCGGCGAUGCUCCCCGUUAA